AUGGUUGACUGCUUCACCCGCUGGCCAGAGGCCGUGCCUGUUGCGAACAUCGAGGCAGCUACAGUCGCCAGAGCCUUCUACACCACAUGGGUGGCAUGUUUCGGCGCCCCCUUGAGAGCCACCACCGAUCAAGGCCGACAAUUCACGUCCUCCCUGUUCGCGGCCCUCGCCACCUUGGUGGGCAUGACUCACCUCCAGACCACCGCCUAUCACGCAGCCUCCAACGGGAUGGUGGAGAGGUUGCACCGUUCGCUCAAUGCAGCCAUCCGCUGCCACGCUACCAAGCACUGGGUAGAUGUCCUACCUACUGUCUUGCUCGGCAUUCGAGCCACCUGGCAGGACGACCUCCAUGCCUCCACUGCGAAGUUGGUCUACAGCCAGCCCCUGCGCCUACCAGGGGAAUUUCUCGGAGAACAUCCAAAUGCCCCUCGGGUCGAUGCCUCUGGCCUGGUGAUGGAUCUCCGCCUGCACUUCCAAGACCUGCGGCCGGUCAGCGGCUCGUGGCAUGGUGGGACAAUGCUGUUUGUCUUCAGGGACCUUCCAACGGCUACUGAGGACUUCGUCCGCUGCGAGAUGCAAAAGGGGUCCCUACAUGCACCCUACGAGGGCCUCUACCCCAUACUCGGCAGAGCUCCAAAAACUGCAACUCUCCUGAUGCAUGGCCGGCGGUCUACGGUCUCCAUCGAUCGACUCAAGCCUGCCUACGUCUUAGCCAACCAGAAUCCACCAGCCACAGCCGCCCCCCCUCCUGCGGCAGCACCACCUCCCCAGCAACAUCGGGGGCCCACCGCGACUGCCCCCGCACCUCCUGUGAUGCGGACUGGGCGUCGUGUAUGCUUCCCCGACCGACUGCAGGGUGGUUUUACGUGUUGUGGCACAUCACUGGCACGGGUGUGCUGUAGCGGCCAUGGCCGCGGCUGCCUGCAGUAG